AUGGAUUUUCCCACUUCAUCUUUGUCAAGGUUUGGUGUUCCAAGAGUUUUGGUCAGUGAUGGGGGAACUCACUUCUGCAACUCUCAGUUAAAGAAGGUGUUUAAACACUAUGAUGUGCGACACAAGGUGGCUUCUCCUUAUCACCCGCAAACAAAUGGGCAAGCAGAAGUCUCAAACCGGGGAAUCAAGCGUAUCCUUGAAAAGACAGUGAAUGUAAGCAGGAAAGAUUGGGCUCUCAAGUUGGAUGAUGCACUUUGGGCCAUCGCACUGCCUAUAAGACACCUCUUGGACUGUCACCAUUUCAGAUGGUUUAUGGUAAAGCAUGUCACUUGCCGGUUGAGAUGGAACAUAAGGCAUACUGGGCUAUCAGCUAAGAACUACAAGGAAAGGACAAAGUUGUAUCAUGACCAGAAGAUUCUAAAGCGAGAGUUUGAUCCGGGACAACUUGUGCUCCUUUACAACUCCCGGUUGAGACUCUUUCCAGGGAAGCUAAAGUCAAAGUGGUCAGGGCCAUUCAGAGUUAAGCAAGUUAAGCCUCAUGGAGCAAUACAAGUGGAGGAUGUUUCCUCCAAGGAGAGCUGGGUGGUAAAUGGCCAAAGACUUAAACUCUACUUGGGCGGUGAAAUUGAGCGAGCUUAUUCCACCGUUGCAUUGGAGAACCCCUAA